AUGCGAUGGGGGCUAUGGUCCCCGAUUGACGCUGAGUGGAUGCAACUGGUGCAAGACAACUACAACAAGCAUCACCGGCUAGCAGGGCCGGUCCGUGAAGAUGGCGAGGCUCUGAUCCCUCUCAAGAUCCACCAUAUCUGGCUGGGCAGCCCGCUCCCCGAAGCCUUCGCCCGCCUUCGCGAGUCGUGGCUGGCGAGACAUAGCGGGCUCAGCAGCCAGGGGCGUGGACCUGAGAGGAGCAAUGGUGGCAGUACACCGUGGGAGGUGCGGCUGUGGACGGACGCUGACGUCGAUGCUUUCGGCUUGGAGAACCGCGGAGCCUACGACGCUGCCCAAAACUUCGGGCAAAAGUCGGACAUCCUACGCUACGAGGUCCUGCUUCGGCACGGUGGUCUUUACGUGGAUGUGGACUUCCUCUGCCUCGGCUCAUUCGACGACCUUCACAAGCGCUACGAGUUCUACGCAGGCGUUUCUAACACGGGCACGUUCGAGCUCAACAACGGCCUCAUCGGGGGGAAAAGCACCAACCAAAACUUGGCCUUGCCCCCGGACCAAAAACUGGGUCGGGGGGGAAAAAACCCCAGCCCGAAAAAGGCCAAAAACUAA